AUGAUCGUAUCUGGUAGACUUGGUCAAUUAAUAGUACCUAUUAUCCAUCAUUUAUCUCAACUUAAUUCCGUCUAUGUAUUUUGUGAAAAUCAGUUGCAACAUGAACAAUGGGCGAAUGAAUGGACGAAGGUGAAAGGUGUAUAUUCUCAGAUUGAUAAUUUAUGUGAUAUACUAAUAUCUGAUAUUCGUCAAUGUGAUCGAGAUUCGAUUUCUAUUAGUGUUACAGGCAACGAUUUGAAUCGUCUCGAUCCAUCGUUUAUGUACACUGAACUACUUAAAAAAUUGUUUCUUGAAAUGGAAUAUGAUGACGAUGUCAAGAAAGAAUUUGUCGAUUUUUGUCGGGAACAAUAUCGUGACAAUCCUUAUGAAUUGCAAAUCAUUGAUGAAUUCGAACACGAUUGCGGAGCACAUACGCCUAUCUGGUGGUAUACACGAGAAUGUUUUAUCUAUAAGAUGCUUAAUCGUGCUCUUCGAAUGCAAGACGUAGAAAUCAUCAUCAAGAUGAGCUAUUUUAUACGUGACGUUCAUCUUCAUAUACAAGAAAUUCAUUCUCAGACAAGUCAUCAAGAUCCAUUUAUUGUUUAUCGUGGUCAAGGUAUGUCAUUUGAAGACUUCGAUAGAAUAAAGAAGAGCAAAGGUCGUCUGUUGGCAUUCAACAAUUUUUUGUCUACCAGUCUUGACAGAGAAGUCUCAUUAUCAUUUGCUAAAAGUUCAUCGCUGAAGCCUGAUUUAAUGGGCAUACUCUUCGAAAUGAUGAUCACUCCGUCUAUUCCAUCAACUCCAUUCGCUUCAGUCAGUGAGAUCAGUGCUUUUUCCAGCGAACAAGAAAUAUUAUUCUCAAUGCACGCUGUAUUUCGUAUAUGUGAAAUUGAUCAAAUUGAAGAUCGACUAUGGCGCAUAGAACUUACAUUAACAAGUGAUAGCGACCAAGAGCUAAAACUUCUCACAGAGCACAUAGAACAAGAAAUACAAGAAUCAACUGGGUGCCAUCGACUCGGUGAAUUGUUGCUACGAAUGGGCAAUUUUGAAGAUGCUGAAGAAGCCUUUGAAAAAUUACGCGAGGAAACAAGUAACGAUGAUGUGGAAAAUCUGGCCUAUAUAUAUAGUCAACUUGGACGUAUAAAAAAUAUUAAGGGCCAAUAUCAAAUAGCACUUGAGUUUUACAAAAAACAACUUGAAAUUCAACAAAAGUCACUGUUACCAAAUCAUCGAAAUGCCACUGCUACCUACAACAAUAUUGGCGAUGUCUAUGCUAAUAUGGGGGAAUACUCGAAAGCCCUUGAAUUCUAUCAGAAGUCACUUGAUAAUGUACAAAAGUAUCUUCCACUAGAUCAUCUUGCAUUGGGUGCUACCUACGAUAAUAUUGGUGAAGUCUAUGAAAACAUCGGAGAUUAUUUAAAUGCACUUGAAUUCCACAAGAAAUCUUUAGAAAUACAACAUAAAUGCUUCCCGCCAAAUCAUCCAGAGUUGGGUGGUACAUAUAACAACAUAGGAGAAGUGUAUGCUAACAUGGGCCAAUAUUCAAAAGCAUUAGAGUAUUAUCAAAAGUCACAAGAAAUCCAACAGAAAUCUCUUCCUCCAAACCAUCUCGAACUUGCUACUACCUAUUAUAACAUUGCUGCAGUAUACGAUGACAUGGGUGAAUACUCGAAAGCUCUUGAGUUCUAUCAGAAGUCACUUAUAAUUCGACGAAAAUCUCUUCCUGAGAAUCAUCCUGAAUUGGCUUCUACCUAUGAUAACAUUGGUGAAGUGUAUGAAAAUAUGGGAGAUUAUUCACAUGCGCUAGAGUUUCACAAGAAAUCAUUAGAAAUGCAACAAAAAUGCCUUCCACCAAAUCAUCCAGAAUUGGCCGCCACUUAUAACAAUAUCGGAGAAGUUUAUACUAACAUGGGUCAAUACUUAGAAGCAUUAGAAUGUUAUCAAAAGUCACAGGAAAUCCAACAGAAAUCUCUUCCUUCAAACCAUCCCGAACUUGCCACUACUUAUCACAACAUUGCUGCAGUAUAUGAUGACAUGGGUGAAUACUCGAAAGCCCUUGAGUUCUAUCAGAAGUCCCUUGAAAUUCGACAAAAAUCUCUUCCUGACAAUCAUCCAGAAUUAGGCGCUACUUAUAACAAUAUCGGAGAAGUCUACGCUAACAUGGGUGAAUAUUCGAAUGCGCUUGAAUUCCAUCAAAAAUCUCUUGAAAUUCAACAGAAAUCUCUCCUUCCGAAUCAUCCAGAUUUUGCGGCUAUCUAUAAUAACAUUGGAGAAAUGUAUGUUAAAAUGAGAGAUUAUUCAAAAGCGCUUGAAUUUCAUCAAAAGUCACUGAAAAUUGAACAACAAUCUCUUCCUCCACAUCACCCAGAGCUAGCUACGACCUAUCACAACAUUGCGACAGUGUACGAGAACAUGAAACAAUAUUCGAAUGCACUCGAAUUUCAUGAAAAAUCGCUUGAAAUUCGACGAAAAUGUCUUCCACCAAAUCAUCCGGAUUUCGCUGCUACUUUCAACAGCAUUGGCGAAGUUUAUUUCAAAAUGGAAGAAUAUAUGAAAGCACUUAAAUUCUAUCAAAUGUCACUAGAAAUCCAAGAGAUAUCUUUGCCACUAAAUCAUCCAGAUUUUGCUGCUACUUAUAACAACAUUGGGGAAGUUUAUUGCAAGAUGGGACAAGAUACAAUUGCACUCAUAUUUUACGAAUGUGCUGUUGAAAUCGGACAAGAAGCUCUGCCUGAAAACCAUCCAUGUCUUCAGAUUUACCGAAAUCAUUUGACUGAAAUGCAAAAUAAGACAUAG